AUGAACGCCUGCUCGAAACCUAUGACAGAUGCUCCUGUGGACGGAGGUAAUCGAACUUGCCAAGCCAAGAGAAUCUCAUGUUUGAUUAUACAUUUCCACAAAUUUGUUUUCUAUCUGUAUGAUCCACAAAACAUUCGAUUACUGACUACACUUGAUACAAAUAAACGCUACUUUGGGGCUAUUUCGGACCGGCCAGCUAUAAACUGCGGAUCCGCCCCAAAAAUGAGCACCACAGAAAACGAUGUACCCGAUCAGUCGAAUGCGAAAAGGGAACGCAUACAAGCUAAAAGAACUUACACAAGACAAGCUAACAACUUACGAAAAUCUCUUGAAAAUAAUGCUAUUCUCGCCACUAUUAAAAAUACAUUUUCAGAUCUCAGACAAGCUUGGAUAGUGGUGCAGGAGAAGCACGAUCAAUUUAAAUCAGAGGCUGAGGAAGCACUAUUGAAAUUACUCUUAACGUAUCGCGAAAGAAUUGAAUACAAGUGCUCCAAUAUCAGAUCAUGUGAUGAAUUUCGGGGAAAUGUUAAUCUAAGCGACUCUCGAGAUCCCCGAAAUAGCCUUGAGAAUACAUUGAAGCAGCGCUGCUGGUUGCACCAAGUUAACGGGGACCAUCCUAUCUGGCGAUGCAGACUCUUUCAAAGCAAAUCUCCGGAAGAAAGAGUUGAUCUAACCAAAAAGUAUAACGCUUGUUUUGCAUGUCUUGAAGUAGGACAUGUGGCUAACAAUUGCAAGAGAGGAUUCAAAUGUCGCGAAGAGGAGUGUGGAUUGCCCCAUCACCAACUUCUACAUGAAGCGCACGCUUCUGGAGCUGUAUUUCAUGGCCGCUCAUUCGCUCAAAAAAGAGAGGUCAUUCUUCAAGUCCAGGAAGUAAGAUGUUAUGUCCUGUGGGAUGGAGGAAGCACUAUUUCACUAAUUACUUUUGACGCAGCCAGAAGACUAAAUUUGAGCGGAAGGAGUACAAGAGUGGAGAUAACAAAAGUCGGUGGAGAAGUUUCUCUUAUCGAAUCUAUGAAAUACAAUGUUACGCUCAUUGAUGAGAACAAUCGGUAUAUUCGAAUCAAUGUCUUAGGGAUUGACGUUAUUUCUAAUGACAUUGCUGGAUUGCACACGAAUGAAAAUCCUGAACUGACAGCAGACAUUCCACAUACCAGUAUUAACAGACCGCAAUUUGGAGGUCGUAUAGAUUGUCUCAUUGGAUACGACUACGCAGCUUUCCAUCCAGUGCCGAUAAAAUUUGCAGGACAUUUACUUGUACUUCAGAAUUUGGUUGCCUACUUAGGAAUUCAGUGUACACCUAGAUGUGGUUCUUGCAAAUGUGGAAACUGUCAUUCAGGGGGAAAGGAUAUGACACUGAAGGAAGAGAGAGAAUACAGGCUAAUUGAAGAUAACUUAAAAUAUGAUGAAACCGAGAAAAGGUGGGAGGCGGCUUAUCUAUGGAUAAAGGACCCCCAUGAACUUCCAAACAAUAGAUCGGUUGUGCUAGCAAGAUUACAGUCAACCGAAAAACGCUUACUAAAGAACUUAGAACAUGUUGAUACUUACAAUCGACAAAUUCAAGACAUGAUUAAAAGGGGAGCUUCCAGAAUAGUCAGUACGGAAGAAUUGAAUCAGUAUCGCGGACCAAUUCAUUACAUUUCCCACCAUGCCGUCCUUAAGCCGGAUUCUAAAAGUACACCGUGUAGAAUUGUAUUUAACAGCAGUGCCAACUUCCACGGCCAUGUCCUCAACGAAUAUUAUGCUAAAGGCCCAGAUAUGUUGAACACGUUGCUGGGGGUCUUGCUGAGAUUCAGGGAAAAUCGUGUAGCCCUUCUUGGUGAUAUAUCAAAAAUGUUUCACGCUAUAAAAAUACCAAUUCGUGAUCAGAUGACACACUUGUUCUUAUGGCGAGAUCUUCAGACAGAUAAAGAACCAAACACAUAUGCGAUGACAGCUGUAAAUUUUGGAGACAAACCUUCCGCGACUAUGGCUAUGGUCGCCCUACGAAAGACGGCAGAAAAGCAAAGGCAGAACUACCCCAUAGCGUGUAAAGCAAUUAUAGACAACAGUUACAUGGACGACAUCACAGACAACGCUGAUAACGCGGAGGAAGCAAUUCAGCGAACUCGGGAGAUCGAUAUCAUUCUUGCAACGGAUGGUUUUAAGAUUAAGGAAUGGACGAUAUCUGGGUUAGAGAAACCAGGUAGUGAUGGAACUCAUCCAAUUGGUGAAUUAGAUAAUGAGGAUACGGAGAAAGUGCUUGGAGUGAAAUGGCAAUUUAAAGUUGACCACUUACUCUUUGAUAUUAACAAGCAAAGUCAACGCCUCUACCGAUUCCAACAGACUUCAGAGCCAUCAAGAUUCACAAGAAGAGAGAUAUUAUCCGUUGUCAACGGUAUAUAG